AUGGAGAUCGCCCUGGGGCCCCUGGAGAACGGCGGUGCCAUGACCAUCAGAGGAGGAGGUGAGGAGACGGCAGGAUGUAGCCAAGCAGCGCCGACGGCUGGGCUCGGCGAUGGCUCCCAAGAACCGGCACCGAGAGGGCGCGGCUGCAGCGCGCGGCGGGGCGCAGAGCCGGGGGAGCGGCCUCUGCCGCCGCAGCCCCCGGAGCUGCCGCAGCCUAGACGGUCGCCUCCGGAGGACGAGGAGGGAGAAGGCGACCCCGGCCUGGGCGUGGCGGAGGAGCAGGCGCUGGGCGCGGGGGCCCUUCACCACCAGCGCGUCCUCAUCAACAUCUCCGGGCUGCGCUUCGAGACGCAGCUGGGCACCCUGGCGCAGUUCCCCAACACGCUGCUGGGGGACCCCGCCAAGCGCCUGCGCUACUUCGACCCGCUGAGGAACGAGUACUUCUUCGACCGCAACCGGCCAAGCUUUGACGGCAUCCUGUACUACUACCAGUCCGGGGGCCGCCUGCGCCGGCCGGUCAACGUCUCCUUGGACGUGUUUGCGGACGAGAUCCGCUUCUACCAGCUGGGGGACGAGGCCAUGGAGCGCUUCCGGGAGGACGAGGGCUUCAUCAAAGACGAGGAGAAGCCCUUGCCCCGCAACGAGUUCCAGCGCCAGGUGUGGCUCAUCUUCGAGUACCCGGAGAGCUCCGGGUCAGCGCGCGCCAUCGCCAUCGUCUCGGUCUUGGUCAUCCUCAUCUCCAUCAUCACCUUCUGCUUGGAGACCCUGCCCGAGUUCAAGGACGAACGCGAGCUGCUCCGCCACCCCCCGGUGCCCCACCAGCCUCCGGCUCCUGCCCUGGGAGCUAACGGCAGCGGGGCCGUGGCACCUGCCUCUGGCUCCACGGUGGCUCCGCUCCUGCCCAGGACCCUGGCCGACCCCUUCUUCAUUGUGGAGACCACGUGCGUGAUCUGGUUCACCUUCGAGCUGCUCGUGCGCUUCUUCGCCUGCCCCAGCAAGGCCGAGUUCUCUCGCAACAUCAUGAACAUCAUCGACAUCGUGGCCAUCUUCCCCUACUUCAUCACCCUGGGCACGGAGCUGGCAGAGCAGCAGCCCGGGGGCGGAGGAGGCGGGCAGAACGGCCAGCAGGCCAUGUCGCUGGCCAUCCUCAGAGUGAUCCGCCUGGUGCGCGUGUUCCGCAUCUUCAAGCUCUCCCGCCACUCCAAGGGGUUGCAGAUCCUGGGCAAGACCCUGCAGGCCUCCAUGAGGGAGCUGGGGCUGCUCAUCUUCUUCCUCUUCAUCGGAGUCAUCCUCUUCUCCAGCGCCGUCUACUUCGCAGAGGCUGACAACCAGGGGACCCACUUCUCCAGCAUCCCUGAUGCCUUCUGGUGGGCGGUGGUCACCAUGACCACGGUGGGCUACGGGGACAUGAGGCCCAUCACAGUGGGGGGCAAGAUCGUGGGCUCCCUGUGCGCCAUCGCCGGGGUCCUCACCAUCGCCCUGCCCGUGCCUGUCAUCGUCUCCAACUUCAACUACUUCUACCACCGGGAGACGGACCACGAGGAGCAGGCAGCCCUGAAGGAAGAGCCAGGCAGCCAGAGCCGGGGCACCUCCUUGGAUGCAGGAGUCCAGCGCAAGGCCAGCUGGAGCAAGGCUUCCCUCUGCAAAGCUGGGGGGUCUCUGGAGACUGCAGACAGUGUCCGCAGGGGCAGCUGCCUCCUAGAGAAAUACAACCUCAAGGCCAAGAGCAAUGUGGACCUGCGGAGGUCCCUGUAUGCCCUCUGCCUGGACACCAGCCGGGAAACCGAUUUGUGA